CUCUCUCUCUGUCUCCUUCCCCGCCAGCCAUGAUCCGUGGCGGGCUAAUUCCCAGACGGUCUUCUCCUCCUUCCUCCUCCUUCCUCCUCCUCCUCUUCUCCUCAUCACCCUCCUCCUCCUCCUCCUCCUCCUCCUCCUCCUCGCGGGCCCGGUAAGUAGCAUGAGCAUCUGUCGCCGUCCAUCUUCUCCUCCUCUCUGUCGGACGACCCGCUGUGUUCACGGUAUUUAUCGGUUCUUAUCGGAUCUGGGCUUUUUCUCUUUUUUUGAUUGACCCCCCCCCCCCUCCCUUCCCUCCCUCCUUCUUCCCUUCCUCACACUGUGCCUGAGGGGGGAGGAAGAGGAGGGAGGGGGUGUUAAUGUGUGUCGUGGGAGCCUUCCCCCUCGCGGCCGGUGGCCACCGUGACCUUCUGUCGGAGCUCGCGCCGCCCGGUUGACCAGACGGAUCAAAUCGAGUCGACCACACGGGACUGACCACGCACCCACUUCAUUCGUGAGCAAGCGUGUCUGUGUGUUGCGUGUGCGCGCAAGCGCAUGUGUGCGCGCAAGUGUGCGAGGUCAUGUCGGGCAUGACGAGCGGCAUGUGUGUGGAGAGCGACCUCUCCUCGAUGCUCCAGAGAAGCUCCGCCCCCUCCCACCAUCACCCAAAUCACCACGUGUACGGCGGACAGACGCAGGUGUCGAGUUUGGGCCAGAUGCUGGACUACACCACAGAGAUGGACCGUUACCGGUCGUCCAUCGCCAACUUCUACAAAACCAACGUCAACAUGAACAUGAACGUCUCGAAUUUCCCCCAGUCUGCCAAGCUGGCGGCCCGUUUGGCGGCGGCUACCCCCAUCUUCCCCCCGAGCGCUGCCAGGCUAGGCACCAUGGCGACGGCGCCUUGGGGCUGCCAUGACAACAUGAACGUGAACAUGAACCACCCGGCGGCCGUGUUCUGGAGCCGGCCCAAACCUGUGGCAACUGCGCCGACGCAUCACCACCAUCACCACCACCCUGCGACACAGGGUCACAUGACCUCCUCACACUCCCACAGUACCAGCAUGCACCACGGCGGCGGGGGGGCGGGAGGGGCGGCAGGAGGAGGUGGCGGGAGUAGUGAGGGGGGAGGAGCUGAAAAACACACUGCCUCCUCACUUCCUGUCACACAGGGAGCAGCACACCCUCACGCCAUGGCGGCGAGCAAUGGGAACUUUCUCCCUGGUUACAGCGGCGGUGCGGAAGGCGGCAUCAUGAACAAGCAGGGACACGCCCACCCGGACAUGAUGGGCCUAUCAGAUGGCGGGAACUGCAAUGGGGGAGGGGUGAUGGGUAGUAGCUUCCUGGGGGGACUGGGAUUACCCCCUGGGGUCAUUGUAAUGGCGAUGGGGUCGGCAGGGGGCGGGAUCUCAGAUGCCGGCAGCGCCUUCCAGAUGACUAGCGGCCAGCGGGCUCUCACGGACUGCCAGCAGCACGCCAACUCCUCCCCCUGCCCCUCCUCCUCCUCGCCCUCCUCGUCGGUGGUGACGGCGGGGGGCGUGGCCUUAUCCUCAUCGGCGUCCUCGUCAUCGGGGGCGGUGGCCAAGAGGAAGAGGAAGCGGUGUGGCGUGUGCGGGCCGUGUCGGCGACUGAUCAACUGCGGCGUCUGCUCGUCCUGUCGCAACAGGAAGACGGGUCACCAGAUCUGCAAGUUCAGGAAGUGCGAUGAGCUGAAGAAGAAACCGGCGGGAGGAGGGGGGGCGCUGGAGCGGCCGCCGUCCGUCCCGACCGGCGAAGCGUUCCGUUGGUUCUUCUAGUCGUCGCUCGGCCCAGACGCGGACAGGAAGUCUCCCUCACCUACGGACGUCAAAUCAGACUUGAAAGGUUCUAAACGAACCAGACGCUUCUCAACAGGAUUACAAUUUCACACUGAGUAUUAAUGAAGAUUACAAAUCUCACGCCAACCGGACCAGGGAGGUGGCGAGGCGGACGGCGGAGGAGGGGACAGUUUGCUCACAUGCAGGAGGAACUGGCCAAUCAGCAUGGGAUGUUUUUCUGAACUUGUUUGUCAGGUAAAUUUAAAUGGACACAAACACAGGUUGUCAAGUCACUAGCAAGCUAACGGGCUAGCAGACUGUCAUUAGCAUCACAGAAGGCUUCAGGCAGUGGUUCACAUACAACCCUCUUUCCAGAAGCCUCAUCAAUCAACAGAGAUAUCAUAUCAUCUUCAUAUUGCUAUUUUCAUUAGUGUUUAAUCACCUGAGACCAAGAAUCGGAGGCUCCUCUUCCCCCGAGUCCGCCACGUUUCGACAGUCGCCCAGAAUGGACCAUCCACACAUACGUGGACACAAGUCACCAUCGAUCCUCCAACAUGGUCGGAAGUUGGUUGCAAUCUGCACCCUCACCACCGGAUGUCAGUAAAUCCUACACAGUGAUCCGUUCAGUUAUUACAGCGGCACGACCAGGCUGUCCCAUUUUUUCGAAGGCUCCCCUUAAACGUGGCUGACACAUUCAUCCUUCCAUUCUCGAGCAACAAGGGAUCCAACGGGUGGGAUCCUCCUCGGGCUAGCCCGGUCCCAGGAUUCAUUGUGCGCUGGUGAUGAAGCUAACGUGCUAACUAGGCGGGUAGGCGGAGCUGCAGCGGCUCAAAGUAGCUAACGAUGCAACAGUAACAGGACGAGCUGGCGACGCAAAAUAGAAAAUCCUCCUUGGAUCCGGUCCACGAAGUCGAGGCCUUCGUAGGCCGAGUCCUCCUCUGUGGUCGCGUGAUGUGUGCUUAGCGUUCAACUUGUAAAGUGGAGAGGAACACUGUUGCUUGGCAACGGCAACACGGACGCCUCAUCAGAGGCUAAGACUUCGACAAGCUAGCAGGCGGGUUAACGUCAUGACGAAGGGGAAAUAUGAGUUUAAAUACAUCAACAUUUUCCUUUCCAUGACUAAAAUUACAAUAUAUGAAAACAAAGUGUCAUGGCCUCCGUCACGUGUGAUCACUCUGUCUCCUCCUUCCUCCUCUUCCUCCUCCUCCUCCACCAACAAACCAGGAAGAUUCAGGCCUCAACCACAGAAACACGAUUCCGUUUGAGCGAAACCGGACGACAGGUUAAACCCCAGCAGCGCUUGAACAAACGGACCUCGGCAGGAAGUUAUCAAGGUCUACGAGUUCACCGCAGUGGGACCUCGAUCACCACGUCACUGUUCUCCGUCUCUUUUGUCUACCUCCUGCUCCAGAACUUUGAAGGCACCGUGACUGACUUCCACUGGGCUGCGUUCUGGAGAUGGUCCACAGCUGAUCCUGCUUCUCUUACAAUCUGGUGUUUAGAUAUUUACUUUUAUGUCCUGGUUUUAUUUCCGCUGCCUGAAGAAGAAAUUAAACGUCUGAAUUUACUUUAAUCUUUGUGGAUUUCACUGGAAAGUUCUCAGGGCGCAGUCACACUUCCAUUUGGUUUUAUAUGAACUGUUGUAUUUUUGUAUUUGCAUAAACGGCGGCGGUGGAAGAUUUUCUCAUUUCUAUCUUCAGGACUUUGAAUAUUGGCUCUAAAUUGACACGUCCGGCCCCAAACGUCUAGCGUCUGUUAGGGACCUCAUCCGGUUCAGAACCAGUGUCUCUGUUCUGGCGUCAGUGCUGAUUGAACCACGUGCUCACCAACGGGAGAAUCCACCUGCAGCUGCAAUGCAUCGUGGGAACUCGCAGAGGUCCCGUGGAUUCUUCUGAGCUGAACCUCGAGACUCAAACUUAACUGAAACGGAUCAGAACAUUUCCAACACGUCUGCGUUUUUGAGUUUUAGAAAAAAAACACCUUCAUGUUUCUGUGUUUCUGUUUAAAACACGUGUCGUCAAGAAAAAGGAAAUAAAAUUUGACUUGCAGAAUGAAAAACACGAGGAGAAAAUGAUUGAAAACCCAAAUCUGGAACAUCACUCAGUCGAGCUCGGACCUUCACCGAGACCCGACAGUCGGAAAUUCAGUCAUUGUGGAAUAAAAAAACAAACCACACGACACUGAGAACACUCACUAAUAAAACUGUUGAAGAUUCAUAAAAAACUGUCUGUUUGUUGACAUCUGUAGCGAACUGAUUUCUCUGAAUGAGUGAGAUUUGAUCCAAGUAAAGAUCUGGAUCUGUUAGAUCUUAAUGUGGUUUCAUCCGACACUGUUGGGUCUUGAUGGAGGCAUCAGAUCUACGACGGUGGUCGUUCUGAUGAUCGACGAGCGACGACCAGCACAACGAGUCCCGACGCUCGACAAUCACCGACAUGUUGGAAAUAUUGUUUUGUCCUUUUGAUUGCACGAGGAAAAUGUCGUGGGAACUAAAAUCAAACGUCCCGUCCUUUUUUUCUUUUCUCAGGGCGGGGUGAGGCGAUGAGGGGACCUUGUUUUAUUUAUGAGUGUGUGUGUGUGUGUGUGUCCUCCUCACGUGUUCUGUCUCUGUGACGACCUCAUGUGCUGAAUUAUAAUAAAGCAUUUCAAAGAUUAGCUGUGACACACAUGGAGGAAUAUGGAUGUCAGGUGUUUGCAUCAUACAAUACAGUGUGUGUGUGUGUGUGUGUGUGUGUGUGAGAGAGAGAGAGAGAGAG